AUGAACAGACCAGAUCCGGCGCUGCAGGGAUUCCUGCAGCCGCUCAAGAUCGAUAAUGAUACGCUUUAUCGCCUGUCCUAUCGCCUGUCCCAUACAUAUCGCGAGCUGGCUGCGGGGUCCUCGGAUCAGUUCUUCCCUACGGCCACCACUCGUCUGCCUACCGGGCAUGAGAAGGGUCGUUAUCUCGCAGUCUACUUGGGGCUGUACUACCUCCGAAUUGCGUUCAUCGAUCUCCUAGGCGAAGAGCAGAUGGGAAAGCCGUCCCAUGUCCGGCGAACACUCGAAAAAGCAUGGCCAAUUGAGGACCGUCUGCGACGAGACCAGGCGAAUUCACUUUUCUCUUGGAUUGGAGAUUGUAUUGCUGAAGUCAUUCACGAUGACCUUGCCAACUCGAAAGAGGAUGCACCUUCAGAGGUGGCGAUGGGCAUUUCCUUCUGCUUCCCGAUCAAACAAAAAUUCAUGAAUGAGGCCAUCCUCAUGCCCACUGGCAAAGGCUUUGCUCUAGGUUCGUCGCUUAACCUCCAUCAGGCCCUGCUCGAUGGCUACGAAUGUCAUACGCGGCGGUCGGAUGAGGACCCUGCCGAAGUGCCAGCCAAGCGACAGAAGCAAUACUGUUUACCAAAAUUGAAAAUUAACGUCAUGACUAACGACACAAUUUCCACGUUCGCUUCGCUGGCCUAUUCCAUCCGUGCACUACCCAACACUCGCGUGGUCAUGGGCCUCAUUGUAGGCGCAGGCUGCAAUUCCGCUGUACCCAUGAAACUUUCCGAUCUACAAGAGUCCAAGAUCCAACAUAUUCGCGAAAAAGAUCCCGAUGCAGUUGAGUCAAUUGUCUCAACAGAGUGGACCCUUCGCGGCGCGACAGCCCCUCUGCAAGAACUAAGCAUCAUGACGAAGUGGGACAAUGCUUUGGAGGCGAAAUCUAAUCGCCCCGGAUUCCAGCCACUCGAGUAUAUGGUCGGAGGUCGCUACAUUGGCGAGCUUGUCCGGAUUAUCUGCUAUGACUGGUUCAACGGGAUGAAGAAAGUGUCACGAUCGUCAUUACCCUUGAAAUUGGUCGAGGAAUACACUUUGACAACAGACUUCCUCUCGUUCGUGGUAGCUCCGAGCUAUUCAGACGAGAGACUGGCGAAGGAGCUGGACGAACAGCUUCCGGCCCCAGCUGGGAGUGACUGGAAGUGGACACCCGAAUAUGCAGGACAUUUUCGAUGCGUCGCCGCGGCCGUGCAGGACCGGUCCGCUGCUUUAAUUGCUGCCGCAACUGUUGGUCUUCUCGCUUGUACGCGAGAAAUCAAGCUGCAAAACACCGAACUCUUGAACUCAAAUACACCCAUCGCCCAAACACUCACGGAGCCGACUCCAGAACGCAAAAUGCCAGAAUUCGGAUCAACGAAGCCAGGCUGGCAGAAGGGACCCGAAGAAUUGGUCGUCGCGGUCUCUGGCGGAGUCAUUACGCAUUACCCACAUUAUAAGGAGACGAUCCAGCGAUUCAUCGACCGACUCAUCAUUAGCGCUGGAACGCAGAGUGAAGGGAAGAGUAUUUUCCUCCGAGAGGCCACCGACGGAGGCAUUAUUGGCGUCGGCGUCUUGGCGGGGACUGUUGCUGGAAGCAUCGAAGGUAUCAUUGGAUCUACGCUAGAGGAAGAGCGAAAGUCCGAUGAGAACCAUCGAGAGUCGGUGAUUCCAUCGUAG